CGAGUGCAGCGCGGCGGUAUAAAGGCGUGCGGGCGUGCUUGAUGGACACAGCGCCUCCACCUCCACCGCUGCACACCACGCACUCCUCCACACUCACGCCCUCCACCAUGAGGCUCACGCUCCACCUCCUCCUGCCCGCCGCCCUGCUGGCUGCCGUGGCCGCCGACAAGGGCUUCGGCGGCGGCAACGGCCCCGCCACCAGCUACUCAGCGCCCUCCGCCAACGGCAACGGCUUCGGCGGCGCCAACGGCAACGGUUACGGCAACGGCAACGGCAACGGCAACGGCAACGGGUUUGGCGGCAACGGUCCCUCCAACACCUACUCGGCGCCCUCCGCCAACGGCUUCGGCAACGGUAACGGCAACGGCUUCGGCGGCGCCCCCAGCAACACUUACGGCCCGCCCGGCGGCGGCUACGGGUACGAGGACCCCCUGGCCGCAGUGGGCGACAACAUCCCGGGGGGCGGCGAGCCCGGCGUGGACUACCCUGUGCUAGCCGCCGUGCCCGACACUGGCUUCUCGUGCGACGCGCAGACCGUGCCCGGCUACUACGCUGACGCGGCUCCCGAAGCGGGCUGCCAGGUGUUCCACAUCUGCCAGGACCGGCCCUCGGGGCGCCGCCAGCAGGACUCCUUCCUGUGUCCCAACGGCACCGUGUUCAACCAACAGUACUUCGUGUGUGACUGGUGGUACAACUUCGACUGUAGCCUCGCCGAGAGCCUCUACUCCGUCAACGAGGAGGUGCUGCAGGCCGCGCUGGCCGCGCAGGGCCAGGGCCAGGGCGCCUACGCCUACCCCGCGCCCAACGGCGCCACCGGAGGACUGGGCCUGGGCGGCGCCGCCGGCUACGGCAACGGCGGAGCUAGGAACGGUAACGGCGCCAGGAACGGCGGCGCUAACGGUUAUGGCAACGGCGGCGCCAGGAACGGCAACGGCAAUAACGGCGCCAACGGCGGCGGCAGGAACGGCAAUGGUGCUCCCUCCACCUCCUACGGCACCCCCUCCAACGGCAACGGUAGAAAUGGCAACGGCGCCAACGGGUACAGCAACGGCAACGGCGCUCCCUCCACCUCCUACGGCACCCCCUCCAACGGCAACGGUAGGAAUGGCAACGGUGCCAACGGGUACAGCAACGGCGCUCCUUCCACUUCCUACGGCACCCCUUCCAAUGGUAAUGGCAGCGGCAGGAAUGGUAACGGCGCGCCCUCCACUUCUUACGGCACUCCUUCCAACGGUAAUGGCAACGGCAGGAACGGCAACGGCGCCAACGGCUACAGCAACGGUACGCCCUCCACCUCUUACGGCACCCCCUUCUAAGAUGUCCCGGCCCCUUCCCCGCUGAUCCCCACCCUGCCCUGUGUACAUAGCACCCUACGCGAGCCUGGCGCCCCUCGCGAUCUAUUUAAUAAAGCUUGGUGAAUUUA